AUUACGAUCAGAAUUAGUAUUUAAAAUAAUCCCAAUGCUUAAUCCUGAUGGUGUUAUUGUUGGCAAUUAUCGAUGUUCAUUAACAGGAAAAGAUAUGAAUCGAAAUUUUCGUCAUCCACGUAAACAAACAUUUCCAAUUAUUUAUCAUAUUAAAGAACUUAUACAAAAUCUACAAAAAGAACGAAGAGAAAUAUUAGCUUUUUGUGAUCUUCAUGGUCAUAGUCGAAAAUCGAAUGUAUUUGCAUAUGGUUGUGAUGGAUGUGAUGGACCACAAGCAGAUAUGAAAAAUUUUUUAAAUGCUAGAGUUUUACCAUUUAUUAUGUCAAGAACGGUAAGAUGA